AUGUUCGAGGACUUCUCCUUCUCCUCUCCGUCGUCGACCAGACCACCCCGCCUGGCCUUCGAUGGAGAUGAUCGCCUCAUGGUCGACGGUGAUAGUUCCAUGAUCUCGCCCAUGUCCUCGCGCUGUCCGUCUCCUCCAUCUUCUCACCAUCAUCCCCGAUUGCCUCGGACUCUGUCUCGUCCGCGAUCUUUGUACUUUCGUUCGCCGCAACCCCCCACCUCCGUCCCGUUUCCAUACGACCAGAAACGUCUCUCAAUUGCCACCCUCACCAAGAAAUUGCAUGAACACACCCUUCGCAAUCCAGAAAAUAUCAACACAAAUAUCAAUCAAAACAUCCCAGACGAUGCCUCGUCGCCUUCGCCUACCGCCUCCGCUCGCUUCCCGGGCUACUUCCUCACUCCCCCCGACACAGACCACGACGACGAAGGUUGUGAUUCGUCGUCCCUCACUUCGCCCUCUCUCUCGUCUCUCCCUCAAUCGCCCUUCCUAAGCCCAACCUCUGUCCCCGCGGACUUUGCUUCCCUCGAUUCCCCCGCUCCAACAGCAGCAGACCGAGACCAGGACAUCCGCACCCAGCGCCAACGCAUGUCCCGCCUCCAAUGCAGCCCCACAGACAUCGAAGCCAUCCGUCGAGCCCUCCUCUCCAGCGAAGAAGCCUCUGACCCCUCCGACCCCUUCCGCGAAGACGACUGCCACCCCAGCUCUCUGCCUCCGCAACUAUCCCCGCGGAGACGGGCCGUCACGCUCAACCGCAGCCGGGCCAAGGGCGGUGGCGUCAUCGGGGCGUCCGAGUCGAGAAUGGCGCGCAGGAAGAGUAGCUCGGGUGCCUUGCCGUCGUCUCAUUCGUCUUCUUCGCAUAGGAUCGAGAAGAACUAUUAUCCGACCUCUGGCCGUGAUCUGCGCAAGAAGAGUGAGCAGGGAUUGAGGCGGAAGAGUCUUGUGAGUGCGGCUUUGGCGUCGAUGGUGGAGAAGAAUUGUUGA